UAUAACUGAACUUUUUUUUUUAAUAUAUUUCCUGGGUUUCAAUAACAUCAAUUUGGAUGCUGCACAAAGUGCUCUCAACCACUCCAUUUUCCCAAGAAAGUCUAAAGGCAUGCAAUUACAGUCUGGAGGUCAAGAUCAAGAGAGAAAGAAAUCAAAACGCAGGGGGGAUUUGUACUCCAUACAAACAUCCUUGAUUGUAGCUGCACUUAAAAAGAUGCUUCCUAUUGGCUUGAAUAUGUGUACUCCAGGAGAUCAAGAGCUCAUCUCCUUGGCUAAGACUAGAUAUAGCCAUAAGGACACUGAUGAAGAAGUCAAAGAGCAUAUCCGUAACAACUUACAUUUGCAGGAAAAGUCUGAUGAUCCAGCUGUGAAAUGGCAGUUAAAUCUAUAUAAAGACAUUCUGAAGAGUGAUGAGCCUCCUGACCCUGAGAAAAAUGUGGAACGUGUGCAGAGGAUAUCAGCUGCUCUGUAUCAUCUGGACCAGGUUGAACAACCACUGAGAUCAAAGAAAGCUGUUUGGCAUAAACUUCUGUCAAAACAACGCAAAAGAGCUGUUGUUGCUUGUUUUAGAAUGGCGCCGUUAUACAACUUACCCAGGCACCGUUCUAUUAACCUCUUCCUCCAUGGCUAUCAGAACUAUUGGAUAGAAACAGAGGAAUAUUCAUUUGAGGAGAAACUAGUUCAGGAUUUGGCUACGUCUCCAAAAAAAGAGGAAGAAGAAGAGGAAGAUACAGAGAAAGAACAACCUGACCCACUUCAUCAGAUUAUCCUCUAUUUUAGUCGCAAUGCUCUCACAGAGAGGAGCAAACUAGAAGAUGAUCCCUUAUAUAUUGCCUAUGCUGCCAUGAUGGCAAAGAGCUGUCAGGAAGAAGAAGAAGAGGAGGAGGAAGACAAAGAGAAGACAUUUGAGGAGAAAGAAAUGGAAAAGCAGAGAACUCUUUAUCAGCAAGCUCGCUUACAUGAUCGUGGAGCUGCUGAGAUGGUCCUUCAGAUGAUCAGUGCAAGCAAAGGUCAUACAGGACCCAUGGUUGUUGAAACACUAAAACUUGGUAUUGCUAUUCUAAAUGGUGGGAAUACAAUAGUUCAACAGAAAAUGCUAGACUACUUGAAGGAGAAAAAGGAUGCUGGAUUCUUUCAAAGUCUUUCUGGUUUGAUGCAGUCCUGCAGUGUUCUUGACUUGAACGCAUUUGAGAGACAAAAUAAAGCAGAAGGCCUGGGAAUGGUUACUGAAGAAGGAACUCUCAUCGUACGUGAGCGUGGUGAAAAAGUGUUGCAGCAUGAUGAAUUUACUCGAGAUCUAUUUAGAUUUUUACAACUGCUCUGUGAAGGGCAUAACAAUGAUUUUCAAAAUUAUCUACGCACUCAGAUGGGCAACACCACAACAGUGAAUAUUAUCAUUAGUACAGUUGACUACCUCUUGCGUCUUCAGGAAUCAAUCAGUGACUUCUAUUGGUACUAUUCAGGAAAAGAGUUUAUUGAUGAAUCAGGACAACGUAACUUCUCUAAAGCUCUGGCUGUCACCAAACAAAUAUUCAAUUCCCUUACCGAAUAUAUACAGGGACCUUGCAUCGGUAACCAACAGAGUCUGGCUCAUAGUAGGCUGUGGGAUGCAGUUGUUGGAUUUCUUCAUGUAUUUGCCAAUAUGCAGAUGAAACUUUCACAGGACUCUGCUCAGAUUGAACUGCUUAAAGAACUGCUAGAUCUGCUAAAGGAUAUGGUUGUGAUGCUGUUGUCAUUACUUGAAGGUAACGUUGUAAAUGGAACAAUUGGAAAACAAAUGGUCGAUACACUUGUAGAAUCAUCUAGCAACGUAGAAUUAAUCUUGAAGUUUUUUGACAUGUUUCUCAAAUUAAAAGAUUUAACUAACUCGGAUGCUUUCAAGGAGCAUGACCCAGAUGGUAAGGGCAUCAUUUCAAAGAAGGAUUUCCAGAAGUCAAUGGAGGCUCAAAAACAAUAUAUACAAUCAGAGAUUGAAUUCCUGUUGUCAUGUACGGAAGCUGAUGAAAAUGAUAUGUUCAACUACAUUGAUUUUGUAGAAAGAUUCCAUGAACCAGCCAAAGAUAUUGGCUUUAAUGUAGCAGUUUUGCUAACAAACCUUUCAGAGCAUAUGCCUAAUGACUCACGCCUUCAGAGCUUACUUGAACCUGCAGAAAGUGUUCUUAAUUACUUUGAACCAUACCUUGGCCGUAUUGAAAUAAUGGGUGGAGCCAAGAAAAUAGAAAGAGUUUACUUUGAAAUCAGUGAAUCUAGUAGAAUGCAGUGGGAAAAGCCACAGGUGAAGGAAUCCAAAAGGCAAUUCAUAUUUGAUGUUGUAAACGAAGGUGGAGAGCAAGAAAAAAUGGAGCUCUUCGUGAACUUCUGUGAAGACACGAUCUUUGAAAUGCAGUUAGCAUCCCAAAUCUCUGAGACUGAUUCAGCUGAGAGACCUGAGGAAGAGGAAGAAGAGCCUUGCUACAUUGUGGAUAUCGGAGAUGAUGAGGAAGAAGAAAAGUCCCUGGAAUCUCCUUCAGCUUUUGCAAUGGCCUGUGCUGCAGUCAAGAAGAACGUCGCCAACUUUUUUAAAAUGGUUACUGUGAAGAACCUAAGGAAACAGUACAGGAAAGUCAGAAAGAUGACAGUAAAAGAGAUGGUGAAAGUGUUUUUCUCUUUUUUCUGGAUUCUAUUUGUAGGGGUGUUCCAACUGUUCUUUACUAUAGUAUGGGGAAUUUUCCAGAUUCUUUGGAGCACCGUAUUUGGGGGUGGACUGGUUGAAGGAGCCAAAAACAUUAAAGUUACUAAAAUACUAGGGGACAUGCCUGACCCAACGCAGUUUGGAAUCCAUGAUGAUGUCACAGAAGCAGAAAAAACUGAAGGUGCUGAGCAUGGCAUUAGAGAUGAACUUGUGCAGUUUGUAAAGGGUGAAAAGGGAGAAGCUGACAUAAUUUCAGAUAUUUUUGGCAUUCCUACUAAGAAAGAAGGUGGCUCAAAACAUGGUCAUGACGCUGGACUUGGAGAUAUUGCAGAAAUACUCGGUUCUGAUAUCCAGUCUUCUCUGGAAAACAAUGUUCGUAAGAAAAAAGGAUUACAGACACCUGAAACUGCAAAAGACGCUGAAGCAGAAAGAAAAGUAGAAGCUGAGAAGGCUGACAUGGAAGAUGGUGAGAAACAGGAUAAAGCAAAGGAAGAACACUCUGAGCAGCAGGAAGAGGGAAAAACAAAGAAAAAGAAGCGAAGGCAUGGACAAAAAAUUGAGAAACCUGUGGCUGUUAUGGCUAAUUUCUUCAAAGCUUUGGAAAUAUAUCAAACAAAAAUGCUUCACUACCUGGCAAGGAACUUUUAUAACUUACGGUUUCUUGCUCUAUUUGUUGCAUUUGCCAUCAACUUUAUUCUGCUAUUUUACAAGGUGACAGAAGAGCCACUUGAUGAAGUGGAGGAAGACUCUAAUCUCUGGAACUCUUUUGAAGAAGAGGAAGAGGAGGAAGGAAUGGUAUUUUUUGUUUUGGAAGAAAGUACAGGUUACAUGGCACCUACUCUCAGAGCACUGGCAGUUAUUCAUACUAUCAUCUCCUUUGUCUGUGUGAUUGGAUACUAUUGCUUAAAGGUCCCUUUGGUUGUAUUCAAGAGAGAAAAGGAGGUAGCUAGGAAGCUGGAAUUUGAUGGAUUAUACAUAACUGAACAACCAUCUGAAGAUGAUAUUAAAGGACAGUGGGAUCGCCUGGUUAUAAACACACCGUCCUUUCCUAACAAUUACUGGGAUAAAUUUGUAAAACGAAAGGUUAUUAACAAGUAUGGAGACUUGUACGGAGCAGAGCGUAUAGCAGAACUUUUGGGUUUGGACAAAAAUGCCCUUGAUUUUAGUCCAGUGGAAGAGAGCGAACCAGAAGCGGCAUCUCUUGUAUCAUGGUUAAGUUCCAUUGAUACAAAGUACCACAUUUGGAAGCUUGGUGUUGUUUUCACUGAUAAUUCAUUUUUGUAUUUGGCUUGGUACACAACUAUGUCUAUCCUUGGACACUACAACAACUUCUUUUUUGCUGCUCAUCUGCUGGACAUCGCUAUGGGUUUCAAGACAUUGCGAACCAUUUUGUCCUCUGUAACUCACAAUGGCAAACAGCUUGUGCUUACUGUAGGACUCCUGGCUGUAGUAGUGUAUCUUUACACUGUUGUGGCAUUCAACUUCUUCCGCAAGUUCUACAAUAAAAGUGAAGAUGAAGAUGAACCAGAUAUGAAAUGUGAUGACAUGAUGACGUGUUACCUAUUCCACAUGUAUGUGGGUGUAAGAGCUGGUGGUGGCAUUGGGGAUGAAAUUGAGGAUCCUGCUGGAGACCCUUAUGAAAUUUAUCGAAUUGUCUUCGACAUCACAUUUUUCUUCUUUGUCAUUGUUAUCCUACUGGCCAUUAUUCAAGGUCUGAUUAUUGACGCUUUUGGUGAAUUAAGAGACCAGCAAGAACAAGUGAGAGAAGAUAUGGAGACCAAAUGCUUUAUUUGUGGAAUUGGCAACGACUAUUUUGACACAACUCCACAUGGCUUUGAAACACAUACUCUGCAGGAACACAACUUGGCAAACUACCUGUUCUUCUUAAUGUACCUCAUAAACAAGGAUGAGACUGAGCAUACUGGCCAGGAGUCAUUUGUGUGGAAGAUGUACCAAGAAAGAUGCUGGGAUUUCUUCCCAGCAGGAGACUGCUUCCGGAAACAGUAUGAGGAUCAACUUGGCU